CCGGAGACGAGUUUUAUAUGAAUCACUUUAAUUUUGGAGCUGAGCGGUGGCCAUAAACAAAUACAGAGAAAAAAAAGGCCACAAAAUGCAUUUACUGCAGCUGAACGAUGAUUGUCUGGAUCUCAUUUUUGCCAAUCUUAAGAUGGAAGAUCUGCUGCCACUCUAUACCGAGAUAGACAUUCGAUUUGAUGAAGCCAUUGAGAGGCAGCUACACCGAUUCCGAGACCUGAUGUUCAGCAUGCGAGAGCCCCCAGUGUUCAAUGAAAAUCUUAUGAUAUUACUGGGCCGCCAGUUAAGGAGCCUACACAUCAAUGUGGGGUACUCCACGCAGGAAAAGAAGGUGCUUAAAUAUCUGAAUCCCCUCUGCCAAGGAGCAUCCGAGACCCGCCGCCUGAGGGCUUUGAAGCUGGACCAUGUCCAUUGGUCGCACAACAUAGUGGCAGCUGUGAGAAAGGUGAUUCCAUCUCUGUCCUUUCUGGACUUGCGUCAAGGUCAGGUGAACGAUGACCAGAUAACGGAACUCUUGGAAUCGGCAGAUAAGUUGCAGGCCCUCGCCCUGUUUCACUUGGACUUGGAAUCUUUAUUGGAGCCUCAGAUAUUGGACAGGAUGCCAUCUUUAACACUCGUCCACCUCACUACUCUGUGGGACCUUAAUGUGUGGGAUUUGAGCCAGCAGUGUCCACAAAUCAGUUUCUUUCGAAGAAAUCUGCAAACAAAUGAAGUCGAAGCCUACGGUCCUCCGGCCAACUUUGAUGGCUUUCAAUAUGGCCAGUGGACUAAAGAUGAACUAUAUAAAUUGCCCUAA